UCUUCACUCUCACUUUAACACCCAUCAUCUUCUCACAUCCGCUUCAAAUUUAAACAAUUCAGCUGCUUAUCUUGCUCUCUGUGUUCCCAUGGCUUCCCUGAUUCUUCUCUUUUCUGAGGUCGUUCGCAAUCAUGAGCUUGAUGCUGCGUCUCUGUUAGCGGCGUAUCCUCCUCCUUCCUCUUCUCUUUCUUCCUGUGCUGCCGCCACAAAAUCGCUGAGAAAUCAGAACGAUAAGCGCAAAAGCCAGAGUUCUGAAGAUGCCGUGGAGAUGAACAAUCCAUUGGAGUCAAGAAUCUGUGUUGAUCUUGUAUGGCCUUGAUUUCUCAACGU